AGUCACACCGGAAGUAGGUUGAAGAGAAACCACCAGCGCUCUGCGACAAUGAACUCUCGAGGUAUUCGGUCCCAGCUUAAAGACAGUGUCCCUGUGGCCGGUUGGAACCCACACGCGUCUUAUGGAGUCCAGGAUUCACUACGCGCCGGUUUCACCAGUGUUAAGAAUGAACUCCUUCCAUCACACCCUUUGGAACUGUCAGAAACCAAUUUCCAGGUGAACAAGGACAAGAUGAACUUCUCGACGCUGAGGAACAUCCAGGGUCUUCACGCACCUCUCAAACUGCAGAUGGAGUACAGAGCAGCGAGACAGAUCCAGCGUCUGCCGUUCUUGCAGAGUUCCAAUCUGGCACUGGACACUCUCCGAGGUGGUGAUGAGACCAUCGGCUUUGAGGACAUCCUCAACGACCCGGCUAUGAGUGAGGUGAUGGGCGAGCCACACAUGAUGGUGGAAUACAAACUUGGACUCAUGUGAACACAACACUUUUUUCUUACUGGCCUCCAACGGAGGACGGGAAUGAUGAGCGAAGAUCGUUUACUGUGUUUUUGAAUUUAUAAUAAACAUCAUUGUACUCCAGGUGGCACCUCUUCCCUGCGGUGAGCUCAGCAAAUAUAAGCUUUUGAACAUGAACUGUGCAUUUGGGACUAAGAUCUGAUGACGCUGGAGAGUCUGAUGGUGAGACAUGUAUAAACAGCUCUACCACUUGUGACUGAAUGAUGAAGAAUUCCUUCCUUCUGUUGGUAUAAUAUAAAAUAUCCAAAUUCACCAACAAAACUCUUGCAUUUAUCAACUAGGAAUUUCUCAAAAAUCUUGGGCUCCUUAACUUCAGUCAAGUUUGGAGUUCAGGCUUCCAGAGUGUCAUUUGUGCUGGGAUAUGGAACUGGAGAGGAGCCCACAACAGGGGCAGGACUCAGCUUUCUCCAAUGGUCAUGAUUUAGAGACAAAAGAGAAUAUAGGCAAUUGAUCAUUGGACGUGACGAAAGGCCGGUCAAGGUCAACAGAGUGAAGAGGCUUUAAGUUUCUGUUGUUAUGCACAUUAGAUAGCUCGCCAUCAUCGGUCCAAUUGGUGGUCACCAAUGCCGCAUAAUGGGAAGUUAUUGACGCACAAUAGUGUUUAUAAAGGCAGUUUUACACCACAUUUACUAGUCAAAAUAGUAAACUAAUGACAAAAAACUGAAAUAAAUCAAAUCAGAUGGAAUACUUCAACAUGAAAAUGUUCAGGAUUGACACAGUAAUCUUCUCUGGUUAUAAUAUUUUUUGUCUAAAAUGUAUUGUUUAUUUACAUAAUUGAAAAAAAACCAAAACAAAUGUGACCACGAUUAUUUCGAUAAAGUUAUUAUAGGCAUCAACUAAUUCAAUCUUGAGGAUCUCUGGUGACUAUAGGUGACGACGAGCUCACUCCCACUUUUGCCCACUAGAUGUCAGUAUCGGCACAGAUUCACUGACAUGAUGUUAUUCAGCCUCAACCUACUUCCUGGUGCGCCACUGUGGCUUUGUUUUAGAUUUGAUCAAUAAUAAUAAUAAUAAUCAUAUAUUCGAUGCAACAACAUAUUCCUCAUUACUAACCUCAAAAAGAGGACAGAAAGGAUGAGCAGGUUUGAGCUGACGUGUUUUUGAAUUUGUAGUGAACAAGGUUUUACACCACGUGGUUCCGCUUCUCGAUUUGAGUCCAUCACGAGCAGCUGGACUCCGGAAUCAGAGCAUAGUUUCAAACCAGACAAAAGAGCUGCUCAAGUUUGUUGAUGAUGAAAUCGGAGCAAGACAAAACCCAUGCAACGAAGUAUUUACAUGAAUUACAAAAGGCAAGAAUAGGCACAUUUAUGUCUGGACCAUUAAUGAUUUUAAAAUAUAUAUAUUUACAUUCCCCCGUAGUCUAAGAUU